AUGGCACUCAACCUCCCAGUCGGCGGGAACGGCGGCGGAGCCCACACCCAGGCUUCGCUGCCUUCGCUACCCGCCCAUUCCCAGUCCGAUACACAGUUGACGGCACACCUCGCGAGCCGUUUCCAUGUUUCGAUCCCGACCGCGCGGCUCUCGUCCCACGCGCUUAUCUGCACCAACACGUAUUCCGGCUCCACCAAGGGCGAUGGCUCGCGAGACUCGUCUGCCCAGGCCGCGGCGGAAGACAUGGCCGAGAGGGCCUUGAUCAGGAUGGGACAUCGUCAAGAAAAUCAGGCAGUUCUCUUUCUCGGUGAAUCUGGUUCCGGGAAGACCACUGUUCGAUCUCAUCUCCUGACUUCCCUCCUCAACCGGUCCUCGACGCCUCUCUCGAACAAGGUCUCUCUCGCCGCGUACGUGUUUGACACGCUCACGACCACGAAGACUGCGACGACGCCAACGGCUUCCAAGGCUGGUCUCUUCUACGAGCUUCAGUACGACACAACAUCGUCAACAAACCCGGUUCUUCUCGGCGCGAAGCUGCUAGACCAUCGGCUGGAGCGGAGCAGGAUAACAGACGUUCCCACGGGUGAGCGCAACUUCCACGUGCUAUACUACCUGCUUUCAGGUACUAGCUCAGCAGAGAAGACCCAUCUGGGGUUUGACGGGCCCGAGAGGCGGUGGAAGUACCUGGGCCACCCGACCCAGCUCAAGGUGGGCAUCAACGAUGCCGAGGGGUUCCAGUUGUUCAAGACUGCGCUGCGGAAACUUGAGUUUCCCCGCAGCGAGAUUGCCGAAAUCUGCCAGAUUCUCGCUAGCAUCCUACACAUUGGCCAGUUGGAGUUUGAGACGACCUCCAACACCACUGCAACGGGUGACGACAGCGGCGGCUUUUCGCACGAGGGCGGCCAAACCACCACCACUGUGAAGAACAAGGAUGUCCUUAGUAUCAUUGCAGCUUUCUUGGGCGUCGGUGCUGCCGAGCUCCAGACAACACUUGGUUACAAGACCAAGAUGAUUCACAAGGAGAGGGUGACCGUCAUGCUUGACCCGGUCGGUGCGCGGGGCAAUGCCAACGAGCUCGCCCGCACGCUAUACUCGCUGCUGGUGGCUUAUGUGAUUGAGAGCAUCAACCAGAGGCUGUGUGCCACCGAAGCCUCGAUCGCCAACACCAUCUCCAUUGUCGAUUUCCCGGGCUUCCAACAACAGGCCUCGACCGACUCGCCGCUUGACCAGCUGCUGGCUAACGCCGCGACCGAGUCUCUGUACAACCUGACGUUGCAGAAUUUCUUUGACCGCAAGGCGGACAUGCUCGAGACGGAAGAGGUGUCUGUGCCCGCGACCAGCUACUUUGACAACUCGGACGCCGUCAAGGGUCUGCUGAAGCCCGGCAACGGUCUCCUCAGCAUCCUCGAUGACCAGACCCGCCGCCACCGUACCGACAUGCAGCUACUGGAGAGCUUACGCAAGCGCUUCGAGGGCAAGAACCCGGCCAUUGGUGUCGGUGCUGCCACGGCCAAGCUUCCGGGCAGCAACUUUUUCACGGAAAACACCGCCGCUACCUUCACCGUCAAGCACUUCGCUGGUGAGGUCGAGUACCCUAUCAAGGGCCUGGUGGAGGAGAACGGCGAGGUCAUCUCGGGUGAUCUCAUGAACCUAAUUAAUGCGAGCAAGAGCGCGUUCGUUGCCCGUCUCUUUGGCCAGGAUGUGCUCAAGACCGUUGUUCACCCGAAGGAGAAGACCACGGUUAUGCAGGCCUCGGUCAGCUCCCGCCCAAUGCGUGCCCCCAGCGUCAUGGUGAAGCGCGGGCGGAAUGGCAACCUGGCUGCUCGCAACCGGGCUGCUGCUGCCAAUGCCGGGGACCUCUCUGAUCAAGGCAGCGACGCCGGCGACGCCAAGCGAGCCAGUACAUUCGGUACUUCGGAGCAGGGCGCGUCCGGCCAGUUCCUCUCUGCGCUCAACAAUGUCACCAAAUCGAUCACGGCACCGGGCACGAACUGCUACUUUGUGUUCUGCCUCAAGCCCAACGACAGGCGUAUCGCAAACCAGUUCGAUAGCAAGUGCGUGCGUGGGCAGCUCCAGACAUUUGGUAUCGCGGAGAUCAGCCAACGCCUGCGCUCCGCUGACUUCAGCGUGUUCCUGCCCUUUGGCGAGUUCCUCGGCCUCGCGGACACCGAGACCAUGCUCGUGGGCAGCGAACGCGAAAAGGUGGAGUCGAUCGUUGAUGAAAAGCGCUGGCCGAGCAACGAGGUCGCCAUCGGUGCCACUGGUGUUUUCCUCAGCGAACGCUGCUGGAUGGAAAUCGCGCGGCUGGGCGAUGACUAUUCGCAGUCCGGUCGGUACGGUCUGCCUUCCGAUGCGGGUGACGGCACGGGCACGCCGGCGGACCCCUUCGGUGUGUCCAAGGAGCGCUUGCUCAUGUCUGGCGGCGGUCCCACGCCGAACAACUUUGGUGGUGAGAAGAAGGGCGGUUACUUCAGCAGUGCUACCGAAGUCGACGCCCGGUCAGACGCUGGAGUCUCGGCAUUUGGCGCCGGCGACAUGUUCAAGAACCUCGACACACGCGAGCAGAUGGCGGAGCGUGGCAACGAGAAAGACAUGCAGGAGGUCGAGGAGUACCGGGACAGCCCCAGCCGCAAACGCUGGGUCUUCCUGGUGCACUUGCUGACCUUCUUCGUGCCCGACAUCCUGGUCCGCAAGCUGGGCCGCAUGCCGCGCAAGGACGUGCGGAUGGCGUGGCGUGAGAAGCUGGCCAUCAACAUGAUCAUCUGGUUCAGCUGUCUCCUCUCCGCCUUCUUCAUCGUCGUCUUCCCCAUGUUGAUCUGCCCCAAGCAAUACGUCUUCAGUCCGGAUGAGCUCUCUUCCUACGACGGCCAGGACGGCCGCAGUGCCUACGCCGCCAUCCGCGGUCAGGUCUUUGACAUUGGCGGCUUCAUCCCGCGCCACUACCCAAGGUAUAUCCCGACCAAGAUGCUCACCCAGUACAGCGGCAAGGAUAUUACUUCGCUCUUCCCCGUCCAGGUGUCGGCGCUUUGCCAAGGACCGAACGGCCAGGUCGACGAGUCGGUGCUGCUCGACUACCGGAAUUCUAACGUCACCGGGUUGGCGGCUGUUAUCAGCGGCCAGGACGUCAACGCCAAGUACCACGACUUCCGCUGGUUCACGGGCGAUUAUCGCCCAGACUGGUUCUCGCAGCAGAUUCAAAUGAUGAGGUCCAACUACAAGGUCGGCAAUGUGGCCUACUCGGCCGAAUACGUGUCCACGCUUAGUGGCAAGUCACAGACCAUUGCCAUCCUUAACGGCCGUAUCUACGAUUUGACCAUGUACGCGGCCAACGGCAGACGGCAACAGAGCCCGCCCGAUCAACCGCCACCAACGGACCCGAACGCCGUCAACUUCUUGCACCCGCUCGUGGUCGACCUCUUCGAGCAGCGAUCCGGCGACGACAUUACUGCGCUCUGGCAGUCUCUUGGCCUCGACAAGCAGACCAAGCAGCGCAUGCAGCUGUGUCUCGACAACCUCUUUUACGUGGCCGAUGUGGACACCCGUUCGUCUGCCCGGUGCAAGUUUGCCGAGUACCUGGUCCUGGCCGUGUCCAUUCUACUAGCCAGUGUCAUCGCCUUCAAGUUCUUCGCCGCGCUCCAGUUCGGGACUAAGAACAUGCCUGAGAACUUGGACAAGUUCGUCAUGUGCCAGAUUCCCGCCUACACGGAAGACGAAGAAUCCAUUCGCCGCGCCGUCGAUUCCGCUGCCCGCAUGCAGUACGAUGACAAGCGCAAGCUGCUGGUCAUUAUCUGCGACGGUAUGAUUAUUGGCCAGGGCAACGAUCGCCCGACCCCGCGCAUCGUGCUGGAUAUUUUGGGCGUGUCCGAGGCAGUGGAUCCUGAGCCGCUCAGCUUCGAGUCUCUUGGUGAAGGCCAGAAGCAGCACAACAUGGGCAAGGUCUACUCCGGUCUUUACGAAGUGCAGGGCCACAUUGUGCCUUUCCUCGUCGUGGUCAAGAUCGGCAAGCCGUCCGAGGUGUCUCGCCCGGGUAACCGUGGCAAGCGUGACUCGCAGAUGAUCCUGAUGCGCUUCCUCAACCGCGUGCACUACAACCUCGCCAUGAGCCCGCUCGAGCUCGAGAUGUACCACCAGAUCCGCAACAUCAUCGGCGUCAACCCGACCUUCUACGAAUACCUGUUCCAAAUCGACGCCGACACGGUCGUGGCCCCCGACUCGGCUACGCGCAUGGUUUCCGCCUUCCUCGACGACACCCGCCUCAUCGCUGUGUGCGGUGAAACCGCUCUGACCAACGCCAAGGCCUCCUUUGUCACCAUGAUCCAGGUCUACGAGUACUACAUCUCGCACAACCUGUCCAAGGCCUUCGAGUCGCUCUUCGGUUCCGUCACGUGUUUGCCCGGUUGUUUCUCCAUGUACCGCAUCCGCGCUGCCGAGACGGGCAAGCCGCUGUUUGUCAGCCGCGAGGUCGUUGAGGCGUACUCAACCAUCCGUGUGGACACGCUGCACAUGAAGAACCUGCUCCACUUGGGUGAGGAUCGUUACCUGACGACACUGCUGCUCAAGUACCACAACAAGUACAAGACGAAGUACAUCUUCCGCGCCCACGCUUGGACCAUCGCUCCCGACUCGUGGCAGGUGUUCCUCUCGCAACGUCGUCGCUGGAUCAACUCGACCGUGCACAACCUGAUGGAACUCAUCCCGCUCAACCAGCUCUGCGGUUUCUGCUGCUUUAGCAUGCGCUUCAUCGUCUUUGUCGAUCUCCUGUCCACCAUUGUUCAGCCGGUUACCCUUGCCUACAUCGUCUACCUCGUCGUCAUGGUCGCACAGAAGGCAACAGUCGUCCCUAUCACCGCGUUUGUCCUCAUCGGUGCGAUCUACGGUCUGCAAGCCAUCAUUUUCAUCCUGCGCCGCAAGUGGGAAAUGAUCGGUUGGAUGAUUCUGUAUAUCCUGGCCGUUCCCGUGUUCAGCUUUGCGCUCCCGCUGUACUCGUUCUGGCACAUGGACGACUUCAACUGGGGUAACACACGUGUCGUGGCCGGUGAGAAGGGCCAGAAGAUUGUCAUCUCAGACGAAGGCAAGUUUGACCCCGCCAGCAUUCCGCGCAAGAAGUGGGAGGAGUACCAGGCCGAGUUGUGGGAGGCUCAGACCCAAGCCGGCGGCCUGCACGACGACAACCGCUCCGAGGCCUCGGGCUACUCCUACGCCACCCGCCCCAACGUCCCCAUGUCGGAGUACGGUGGGUACACGCCCAGCCGCCCCGGCUCCAUCUCGGGGUACCCAGCCAUGCCAGGCGCUGGCAGCCGCAUGUCGGUUGCGGCGUCGGAGAUGCUCGGCGGUGGUAACAACAACCGGCAGAGCCAGUUUGGCGGGUCGCAGUUCAUGGGCCCCGCGCCGUCGCAGCAGGAGCUGGAGAUGGCGAACCUGGCGGGCAUGCCUAGUGAUGAUGCCCUCCUGGCGGAGAUUAGGGAGAUUUUGCGGACGGCGGAUCUGAUGACGGUGACCAAGAAGGGGGUUAAGCUGGAGUUGGAACGCCGGUUUGGCGUGCCGCUUGAUUCGAGGAGGGCUUAUAUUAAUAGCGCAACGGAAGCAAUUCUUUCUGGACAACUGUAG